AUGGACGGGGACAGAGGCGCCGGACUGGGCGGCGCGACGAGGGAGAUGCCCGCCGGCCUGGGCGCCGCGCCGAGGGAGCCCCCCGCCGGCCUGGGCGCCGCGGAGAUGGAAGGGCCCACCGGCCUGGCCGCCGCGCCGCGGGCGGCCCCCGCCGGCCUGGGCGGCGCGCCGAGGGCGGCACCUGCCGGCCUGGCCGCCGCACCGAGAGCGGCCCCCACCGGCCUGGGCGGCGUGUCGCUGGCGACCCCCGCCGGCCUGGCCGCUGCGCCGAGGGCGGCCCCCGCCAGCCUGGGCGGCGCGCCGUGGGCGGCCCCCGCCGGUCUGGCCGCCGCGCCGAGGGUGGCCCCCGCCAGUUUAGGCGGCGCGCCGAGGGGCGGCCCGGUCGUUGUGGGCGGCGUGACCGGCGCAAGGAGGGAGGCAUCAGGCAUGGAGCAAGAUCCGUCCAGGGGUGAUUUCGGGGCCCAGGAUGAUGGUGACCAAGGUCUGGCCAUCGGCGGAUGA